CGGCGGGGCGGGCGGCGGGCGCACAACAGCCCUGCCGGGCGGGCGCGGCACGGCUCGCUUCGGCCCCGCUCGGGGUUUUGGCACGGUUCGCUUCGGCCCCGCUCGGGUUUUUGGCACGGUUCGGGUUUGGGGUUUUUUUUUUCUCUCUCCUUUUUUUUUUUUUUUUUCUUUUGCGCGGCUCGGUUUUUGCACGGCUCGGUUUCGCGCGGCGCGGCUCGGCGCGCGGAGCCGUGACAGCCGGCUGCCAGCCCCACGAUGGCCGCCCCCGACACCGGCAGCACAGGCGGCGUGAUCAGCUACGUGGGCUCCAGCGGCUCGUCGCCCAGCCGCACCAGCCCCGUCUCCCUGUGCAGCGACGGCUCCAGCGGCGGCUCCCAGCCCUUCCCCGCCUACUUCCCCCCGUCGCCCACCGGCUCCCUCCAGGAUGCCCGGAGCUACGGCGGCGGCUCGCUGGGCUCCCGUGAGGACGGCUCCCCUUCCUCCUCCUCCUCCUCCUCCUCCUCCUCCUCCUCCUCCUCCUCCUCCUGCUCCUCCUCGUACGGCUCCCCGGGGAGCUUCGCCGGGGCGCAGCCGGCACCGGCGGACGAGCGGCGCCGCGGCUCCCCCAGCAAGGCCGGCGGCUCCAUCACGAAGCUCAACGGCAUGGUGCUGCUCUGCAAGGUGUGCGGGGACGUCGCCUCCGGCUUCCACUACGGCGUCCACGCCUGCGAGGGCUGCAAGGGCUUCUUCCGCCGCAGCAUCCAGCAGAACAUCCAGUACAAGAAGUGCCUCAAGAACGAGAACUGCUCCAUCGUCCGCAUCAACCGCAACCGCUGCCAGCAGUGCCGCUUCAAGAAGUGCUUGCUGGUCGGCAUGUCCCGCGACGCCGUGCGCUUCGGGCGCAUCCCCAAGCGGGAGAAGCAGCGGAUGCUGGCGGAGAUGCAGAGCGCCAUGAACGGCCUGGGCAGCGCCCCGCCGAGCGGGCCGAGCGCCGGCGAGGGCCCAGUGCCCGGCGGGGGCCGCGCACCGCCCCCCGGCCCGCCGCCGCCCGCCCCCCCCGCCUGCUUCUCCCAGUUCCCCCAGCAGCUGACGCCGCCGCGGUCGCCCAGCCCCGGGGGGGCCACCGAGGACGUCAUCGCCCAGGUGGCCAAGGCGCACAGGGAGAUCUUCGUCUACGCCCACGACAAGCUGGGCCCCCCCCCGGCCUGCGAGAGCGGCGUCCCGCGCUGGGACGGGCCCCCCGCCGGCCCCCCGGCCUGGCCGCCGGGUCCCCCCGCGCCGCGGCUCUGCCCCGCCGCCGCCGGCCCCCCGCCGCCGGGCUGCCCCUGGCCCCGCCGCCCGCCGGAGCUGCUGCCGGCCUGCCCCAUGAACACGCACCCGCCCGGGCGCAGCGGGCGCACGGUGCAGGAGAUCUGGGAGGACUUCUCCCUGAGCUUCACGCCGGCCGUCCGCGAGGUGGUGGAGUUCGCCAAGCACAUUCCCGGCUUCCAGGCCCUGUCCCAGCACGACCAGGUCACCCUGCUCAAGGCCGGCACCUUUGAGGUGCUGAUGGUGCGCUUCGCCUCGCUGUUCAACGUGAAGGAGCAGACGGUGACGUUCAUGAGCCGGACGAAGUACAGCCUCGAGGAGCUCUGGGGCAUGGGCAUGGGCGACCUGCUCAGCUCCAUGUUCGAGUUCAGCGAGAAGCUCAGCGCCCUGGAGCUCAGCGACGAGGAGCUGGGGCUCUUCACCGCCGUGGUGCUGGUCUCGGCAGACCGCUCGGGCACGGAGGACGCGGCGUCGGUGGAGCAGCUGCAGGAGACGCUGAUCCGCGCCCUGCGCGCGCUGGUGCUCAAGACGCACCCGGCCGAGACGUCGCGCUUCACCAAGCUGCUGCUCAAGCUGCCGGACCUGCGCACCCUCAACAACCUGCAUUCCGAGAAGCUCCUCUCCUUCCGCAUCGACGCCCAGUAGCCCCCGGACGCCGGGGCCCCCCGGACGCCGGGGCCCCCGCCGGCACCCAGGCUGCAGCGCCGGGGGCGCCCGCGCGGUGCCG